AUGGACGAGAAAAUUUUGCCAUCUAGUCUGGGGAAGGUGUGCUGUAUAGCGCCCUCCAAGGUGUCCUCCAGGGUGUCCUCCCAGGUUUCCUCCAAGGCGUCCUCCAAGGUGUCCUCCAAGGUGUCCUCCAAGGUGUCCUCCAAGGUGUCCUCCAAGGUGUCCUCCAUGGUGUCCUCCAAGGUGUCCUCCAAGGCGUCCUCCAAGGCGUCCUCUAGGGUGUCCUCCAAGGCGUCCUCCAGGGUGUCCUCCAAGGCGUCCUCUAGGGUGUCCUCCAAGGUGUCCUCCAGGGUGUCCUCCAAGGUGUCCUCCAAGGCGUCCUCCAAGGCGUCCUCUAGGGUGUCCUCCAAGGCGUCCUCCAGGGUGUCCUCCAAGGCGUCCUCUAGGGUGUCCUCCAGGGUGUCCUCCAAGGUGUCCCCCAGGGUGUCCGCGGCCUCCGCUCGCGUGCCUGAAUGGCGCUUGUGA